AUGUCCAACACGUCACUGAAACAAGUUAUUGCAGACUAUUUGAUUCUCUCAUUACCGCAGUCUGCACAUGCACGGGAGUGGUUAGAGCAAUCUUUGAACAAUGGCAAACAGCCCUUAUUCAAUUUGAACGUCCCUGAUUUUCAAAGUGGAACAUUAGACUCGUUGGUUCAGGAGAGUGAAGAAUUGAGUAAGAUUGAUCAGCAAUUGGGUUCGUCUGUUUCGAAAGUUGUUGAGAUAUUGAACACAGUUAGCGAAUCUAAAAUUGUUUCUUCACGUACGAUUCAGUCAAGGUCUAUAUUCGAUUACGUUCAAAAUUUCCAUUGGAACACUUCCAAAUACCGUUUGGACAGACCUAUUAGUCAAUUGGUGAAAAUCAUAUCGAGUGAAGCAAUAACUCUAGAUAACGAUGUUCGUUCUAGUUACCAGAAUUACCAAACAGCAAAGUCGAAUUUCGUAGCUGCAGAUAGGAAAAGAAAUGGUGACUUAUCAAUUAAGUCGUUGCACGAAAUUGUUAAGCCAGAACAAUUUGUAUUGGACUCUGAAAACUUGGUGACAAUUUUGAUUGCAGUGCCUAACAAUCUAGUAUCUGAUUUCAAAAGUCACUAUGAGACAUUGACACAAUUUGUGAUACCAAGAUCUACAGAAUUAAUAGCCAAGGAUCUGGAAUUCUCCUUAUUCACAGUGACACUAUUCAAAAAAUUUCAACAAGAAUUUAUUAACAAUGCGCGCGAGCGCAAAUGGCAUCCACGUACAGAUUUCGUUUACAGCGAGGAAACACUUAAUAACUUGAGGAAAGAGUUUGAUAUCACAAAAGCAACCGAAUUGAAACUGAAGAGCGAGUUGAUAAGAUUAAGUAAAACAGCGUAUCUGGACAUUGUAGCAUGCUGGUUCCAUAUUAAAGUCAUUCGAGUUUAUGUUGAAGCUGUUUUAAGGUAUGGUUUACCUCCACAAUUUGACAAUUAUCUAAUCAAAUUCGAAGGGAACAAUUUGAAGAAUGUUGGCAAAGCUAAGAAAGAGUUGAUUGAGAAGUUUGGAUAUUUAGGUGGAGACGGUUAUUCUUCGAACAACUCAAACUUGCACGAGUAUGCAUCAUUGGUAGAUUCAGAUUACGAGCCUUUUGUUUUCGUAACUUCUUAUUUGAAAAACCCAAAUCUUUUCCAAACGAAACCAUUUGUUAAUAAUGAGUUUAUUGAUUCAAAAUCAACAAAAACCUUCAAAGUAGUCAACCCGGCUACUGAGGAGGUAAUUGCGGAAUUGCCCGAACAAACCCCUGAGGAAAUCGAAGAAGCAAUAAAGCUUACCCACGAAGCUUUUCAAUCAUUUAGAAAAAGCGAUCCCUAUGUCCGUGCUAAAAUGUUGCGUAAAUUGUAUGAUUUGAUGAUGGAAAAUUUGGAUGAUUUAGCUACUAUUAUUACAUUGGAGAAUGGUAAAUGUUUGACCGAUGCAAAAGGAGAGAUCAAAUAUGGUGCCAGUUACUUUGAAUGGUUUAGCGAAGAGGCCAAAAGAGUUUAUGGAAACACAAUACAACCUUCGAACCGAAAUAACAAAAUCAUCACUUACAAGCAGCCUGUUGGACCUGUGGGACUUUUGUGUCCAUUCAAUUUCCCCAGUGCCAUGGGAACAAGAAAAGCAGCUCCGGCAUGGGCGGUUGGAUGUACGUGUAUUUUGAAACCUGAUGGUCAAACGCCGCUUAGUUCGUUAGCUCUUGCUUAUUUAGCAAGAGAGGCCGGAUUUCCUCCAGGUGUGUUUAAUGUGGUAUUGGCAUCAGUCGAAUCUACACCAAUGGUUGGGCAAAAGAUUUGUGAAUCUCCAUUGAUCAAAAAAGUGAGUUUUACUGGAAGUACCGCUGUGGGGAAACUUUUAGUGAAGCAAAGUUCGCAGACUUUGAAAAAACUAUCAAUGGAAUUAGGUGGCAAUGCUCCUGUUGUAGUAUUUGACGAUGCAGAUUUGGAAUUGGCAAUUGAGCAAGCUGUAGCUUCAAAGUUUAGAUCCUUAGGCCAAACUUGUGUUUGUGCAAAUAGACUUUAUGUGCAAAAUGGUAUUUACAAGGAAUUUUGCGAAAAAUUCUCAGAAAAAGUCAGGCAGUUCAAAAUCGAUAAUGGGUUAGUUGAAGGUGUGACCCAUGGCUGUUUGAUUAAUACAAAAUCAAUCGAUAAAGUAGAGAGCCACGCUGCAGAUGCUAUAAAAAGAGGAGCCAAAGUCUUGGUGAAAGGUGGUAGAUUACCAGAUCUUGGUAAGAACUUUUACGCGCCCACUGUUUUGUGUGAUGUACCUCAGGAUUCAAAAGUGUUUCAUGAAGAAACAUUUGGUCCUUUAGCAGCAAUCACCAGUUUUUCAACUCGAGAUGAAGUUUUGAAGUUGUGUAAUGAUACACCAUUUGGGUUAGCUUCUUAUAUUUUUUCACAAGAUAUCAAUACUAUCUGGUACAUGUCUGAAUUUUUGGAAACCGGUAUGGUUAGUGUUAAUACCGGAAUAUUUACCGAUGCCGCAUUGCCUUUUGGUGGUAUAAAAGAGUCUGGAUUUGGUAGAGAAGGCUCUCUUUAUGGAAUGGAUGACUACACAGUGAUCAAGUCGAUUAACUUAGGAAAUGUAUAUAAGUAG